AUGACUUCCGGAUCCAUAAUGAAACAACCGCAAUCCCUCACCAAGACGAGCAAUCCUGCCUUGAUCCGCAGAAGACGCGAGCGCUCUCACCCCUGUCAAGUUGAUCCUUUGGAGUCGAGCAUUUUCCCACCCCGACGCUGUAAUUUCGCCCGGAGACCUCCGGGUUCCAGUCGACGAGUCCGACACAGCAUUCAGGAUGUCCAGCACACGGGUCUGCCUCUCUGCGACGUCGUCUUAUUCCAGAAUGCAACCAUUCCAAGCCCGUUAGCCUGCAAGCCUACAAUUUCACAAUUAAAGGCUGGCUCCCGCGCCCCAUCUAUGCAAUCACCGGCCACUCCAGCGUGUUCAGUCAGAUCUCGUUCUGCCAGGGCGAGCAUGAGGGAUACAUAUGAAGCGCGUACGUGGCGGAACAGACUCAGACGGCAUUCCAGGUCUCCCAGAUCACUCGAGUCAAGUCCAUGUUGCACUUCUUGCUUCACACAAGAAACUCCCAAGUGGCGUCAAGGUCCCUUUGGAUCCCAUACCUUGUGCAACGUAUGUGGCCUCCUCUACGCCAAACGUGAAGCCAGAGUCCAAUCAGUCAUGGUUCAAAGGGAACUUGACAGACUCUCACACGUGUUUUAA